UUCAUCUACUUCAGGCACACGCCUUAAAAAUAUUAAUAUUUCUUGUUUUUUUAAGUUUUAGUAUAGUAUUUUAUAGAUUUCAUUUGUAUUAAAAUAAAUCCCAUCAUGAUGUGAUGUUUCAUGAAUCUUAUAAUGCUCUUAAUAGAAUCUCAACUUCAUAAACAAUUUUUUUAGUGUAAUUUUUUCAUGUUAAUUCAUUUUAUGCUUACAAAGAUGUGGAUAAUUGGAAUAUUUUUCAUUAUAAUUCCAUCGACUGUUUUGAGCUUGGAAUGUUAUGUUUGUGACAACCAAGAUAGUAAUUAUGAUAAAUGUAUCAAAACAAUAAAGACCUGUGACAUUGCUGAAGACAGGUGCCUUUCAGAAGUUAGAUGGGGAAGCACACCUUAUUGGGAUUCAACUGGCAAAAAACAGUUUUAUAUUUCAAAGACAUGUGCAACAGAACGCCAGUGUAGAGCCUCCAUAAGUGCUGUCAGCAGUCGUUGUGACAGAAUUUGGUACAAUGAUUGGGAAUGUGUGGAAUGUUGUCAUGGGGAUCGUUGUAAUUAUUUUGUAACUCUUACUGGUGUGAAUAUCAAACCUCAUGGAAUAUUUUAUAUAUUAGUCACAAUAGCAUGGUUGCUAGUGCUGAUGAAAGUUCUGUGAAAUAUACAUAUACAUUUUUCAAAAAGUCAUUUUAUUCAGUUUCAUUUUUGAAAUUUUCCUUCUUUUUUAGAAAUGUAUUUUAUUGUUCUUUUGGACUUGAGGGGAUAAGUUUGCUCAUUUUUUUGUGUAAUAUUUGUUUUACUAGUAUAAAAAUACACAAUACACUUUUUAUGAUUAUUUUUUCAAAAUUAAAUUAAUGUGUUAUUUUCUAACUGUUCUUUCAAAUUAGUUUUUAUUCAUUUUAUUUAUUAUUUGGUGAGGAUCUUAAUUAUUCUGUUUUGCAUUUUGCUGCCUUUAUAUAUUUAUAAAAUUAUUAGAAUGUUUUUAACAAUUCUUUUGUAUAUAGAAAAAGAUUUUUUAUCAUGAAUUAUAAAAGUUAAUGCAUAUUAUUAAAUGUAUUGUUUUUUAAAUCAUCUUUGAUCUUAUCAUGGUGCAAUCUCAUUUUCUUGUCGAGUUUUUGUUUAUCACUUUAUACUUUCAAAUCUAAACUGGGAGAACCAAAAAUUAUGUAAUAAAAUAUUGCAGACAUAACUAAAAUUCAAUAUGGAAAUAAUAAUAAAUGAUUAUAUUUGAAUGGCAGUAUAUAAGAGGUUGUGUUAGUGUCUAGGUUUGUAGUGAUCUCUAAUUUCCAUAUUAUUUAUCUUGCUUUAUAAGAAAGUCAUAUUUCUCUGAAUCAUUAUUGUAUUUAAAAGAAUUUCUUUCAGACAGUGUCAUUUAAAAAUAUUGUCUUCCCCCUCCGUAGAAAUUUUUUUGUGUUAGUAGCCUCAACUUAACAUCGCAACAUAUUUGUUUGUUUGAAUAUUUAUCUUAUGUUUCAAGAAUUUUAAAAUCAUUCUAUUUCGUUCUUGACAGAAAAGUGAUUUCCAGUACUUUGCAAAGUAUAAUCUAAACUUUUAUGUUUGUAUUUGAAAAAUGUUCUUAUUAUCAACAUCUCCGUCCAUUUUUUAAAAACAUUUUAUUAUUGAAAAUGAGUGUUACAUUCCAUAUUACUUUUAUUUGUCUUGUUUAUGCUUGUUAGAUUUACAAAACUGAACAUAUAUUGUAUUGUAGAAAAUAAACUUUUUAUUUUUUCUUGGUUAUAUUUAUUUUAUUUAUUAAUGCUUUACUAUCAAUCUAUAAUAAAAAUCAGAUUUGUAUUAUUAACUGCGCAUAUUUUUAAAGUUUCCCUAAAAUUCUUUUAUGAAUAAUUAUAUAGAAAAGGGCAUUUUUUUUCUAUAUAAUGAAGUCUAUAAAAAGGUAAUUAAAGUCUAUAAAAAGUAAAUAUGGAAAACAAAACAAAAACAAUUGUUUUCAAUAUGAUUUAUUGCAUAACAUUUUUUUUUUAAUCCUUGAUCAAAUAUUGAAUAAUUUAAGGAAUGAUAUAAAUUGUAAAGUUAUUUUACAGAUGUUGCAAACUCUACUGUAAAGCUUCGAGAUCUAUUUUCUGCACUUGGUGAAAAUAGAUUGAGAAGCACAUUGGUUGCUUUUCCAAGAUUGCUGUAUGACCAGGAAUAAAUUACAAAAUAAUUAUGUUCAUUUGCUGUAAUGACAAGUUAAUGAAAUGAUUAAAAUUAUCAUUUAUUUUUA